UCCUCUUAAUUCUAUCCACUCCUACCUACGUGACGUUUUGACAUUCGAUUGUCGAAGUAAAGUAAGAGCGGGGUUAACGAUGAUACAAAAUGUGAUAAUAUUGAAACACACAAGGAAUUGUUCGGAUAAAUUAUCAAAAGUAUUCAACUAGUUUGAAGACAGUUUUGAAAUGAAACGGGAUGGAAGAUAGGGAGUGAAUUUUACUGACGGUACCAAGUUGCUGAAGAGUGAAAAAGUCCGUUGCUCAGGUCGAGUAACCCUCAAGAGGUACCAGAGCUUAGCAGGAUGGUUUCCUUGCCCAAAAUAACGUUUUUCGGCGCCUUUUGCGCAAUAUUUGCUAGCACCGCCGCGUCUCGAGUGUUGGAGCUCAGCGAUAGAUUUAUGGAUAUUCACAAGGAAGGCCAGUGGCUGGUUAUGAUGUAUGCACCUUGGUGCGCACACUGCAAGAGAUUAGAACCGAUAUGGGGUCACGUAGCUCAGCAUUUACACUCAACAUCAAUUCGGGUCGGCCGCGUUGAUUGUACAAGAUUUACAAAUGUCGCUCGUGCCUUCAAAAUCAAUGGGUUCCCUACAAUUUUAUUCCUUAAGGGAGAUCAAGAAUUUGUGUACAACGGGGAUAGAACUAAAGAUGAAAUAGUCAGAUUCGCAUUGAGACUGAGCGGACCACCAGUCCAGGAAAUAACAAGGACUCAGAGCUUUGAGGCGAUAAAAAAAGCUCAGGAUGUAUAUUUUCUAUAUAUCGGAGAAAGGACCGGACAUCUCUGGGAAACUUACAAUAAAAUAGCAGACACGUUUCAACCACACGCAUUUUUCUAUCAGUCGUACACUAAUGUAGCUGGAAAACACGCACCGUCGGAAAAUACUCCUGCGGUAUUUGUUUACAAGGAGAAUUCCCAUUAUCAUUUUACAGGAGAGGAGAGGAAUGACCGCGAAGCCUUAAAUGAUUCCAUGUACAAAUGGGUGAAUGCCGAACGUUUUCCAACAUUUCCAAAAGUGACGCGAGGAAAUAUAAAUCAGUUAUUUUUAACCAAUAAGAAUUUGGUUUUGGCGGUGGUGGAGGAGAAUCAGCUUGAAGAAAUUCAGCCUGACAUGAUCGAAUUCAGAGAUAUGGUACAAGCGGUGAUAAUGAAGAAACGUGAUAAAUAUCACGACCAUUUUCAGUUUGGCUGGAUAGCAAACCCUGAGUUGGCAAACAGUAUAGCUAUGAUGAUCGUACCUUUGCCGAGUUUGAUUGUAAUCAACACGACAACUAGUCAUCAUUACAUCCCGGAAGAUGAACCACGAAAAUUGACUCCCCACGCAAUCGAAUUGUUUUUAGAACAGAUCUACAAUGAUAGUGCACCGACUUAUGGAGGCAACGGUUGGCUGGUGCGUAUGUACAGAUCAUGGUUCGAAUUCAGAACAACACUAUCUGAAAUGUGGAAGGGAAAUCCAAUUCUGACAAUGGUUUUGUUUGGACUUCCGUUUGGUUUCCUUUUACUCAUCUGCUACAGUAUUUGUUGUGCUGAUAUUCUUGACGCCGAUGACGACGAAGAAGAAGAAUCAAGCCAUAUGAAGAAAGAUUAGAGAAUUGCAUAGUUACAAGCGACAAUGUAAUAGGUGUAAGUAAAAAAUAAAAAUUUAAUAACUGUACAAUAAGUAAAGAGAUACUCUCCAAUUCUUAUCAA